CUGGAUUCGGCCAACGAGACGUCGGCUUCGUUUCCAUCCGGGCUCUGGAAGAGUGGCGGUCAUGGCGCCACCCGUAAGGUACUGCAUCCCGGGCGAACGUCUGUGUAACUUGGAGGAGGGCAGCCCGGGCAGCGGCACCUACACACGGCACGGAUACAUCUUUUCUUCCCUCGCCGGCUGUCUAACGAAGACCAGCGAGAACGGCGCGCUCCCGGUAGUGUCUGUGAUGAGAGAAGCAGAAUCCCAAUUACUUCCAGAUGUGGGCUCUAUUGUAACAUGUAAGGUCUCCAGCAUCAAUUCACGUUUUGCCAAAGUACACAUCCUCUACGUGGGAUCCACACCUCUUAAGAACUCUUUUCGAGGAACUAUCCGGAAGGAAGAUGUCCGAGCCACUGAAAAAGACAAGGUUGAAAUAUACAAGAGUUUCCGUCCAGGGGACAUUGUCUUGGCCAAAGUGAUCUCUCUAGGUGACGCCCAGUCCAACUACCUGUUGACCACAGCUGAAAAUGAGCUGGGAGUGGUGGUGGCCCAUAGUGAGUCAGGUGUCCAGAUGGUUCCCAUCAGCUGGUGUGAGAUGCAGUGCCCUAAGACCCACACUAAGGAGUUCCGGAAAGUGGCCCGAGUGCAGCCUGAAUUCUUGCAGACCUAGGAGGCCAUGUUCACCCCUCGGAGGGCUCAGCUGUUUCUGAGAGCAUAGGUAUGAAAACAGCAUCUGGAUGCAUUGUCGUCAAAGGCCAGGGUCGGCCAGCAGCUGCCCGAGAAGACUCGACUAGGAAACUCAUUGUGCAGAUGACGCCUUCCUGUGAGCUUGCUCUCGGUGGAUUUCCUUCCCUCGAGUGAUGACAUUCCUCCUCCGGAGGCUCAGCAAAUGGAGCUGUGGCCUGUGGGAAAUAGCCUGUUCCUGCCGACAGUGUAUCUGUUAUAAAUAUGUAUAUUUUGCUGUGAUCAAGAAAACAUUUUUUACUAAAAGGAUUUUAUUACAGGCUGCUGUUGUCUUGAGCUGGGAAAAACCCCUGAAUGUGUCAUAAUGUUUAGAGCAAGGCUUUGCCAGUCGCACCCACUGACCGACGGGUGUCAUUUGCUUAGACGAAGCCUGAGCACUAGCCUCUUUUGCAUUGUUUGAGUUCUGUUUUAAGUGCUUCUGCUAGCUGUUCCAGCUCUAGGUACACCCCUCAUUUCAGUACAUUAUGGCACAGUGAAAACUGUAGCACGGAUGGGCUCAUCCAGGUAGCGCGUGAAUAGGUCUGCAGAGUGUUUGGUGAAAAUCGGGUUUCUGAUGUAAUGGGUACUCCAGGACUGGGUGACCCAUCUGAAUUGAAAAGACGGACAGAGCAUUCACGUGAGGUGGCCAAGAAAGGAAUUACAGCAUUUGGAGUAAAGUGAAGCUAUUCGAGGCAGACAGCAGCCCUAAUAAAGUGCAGAAGCCGAAAGAAGGGUCCAGCUCAGAGUGAGGAAGGGAUGGGAGUCAAGGAUGGAAGGGUUGCAGCGUGAAGGGGAAGGACGGGCCUAAAGUGGCGCUGCUAGAGACGUCCAUCGGGGGCCCGCGUUUUCAGUGUUCACCCACCAAGGCUGAGGGCAAGCUUUGGAGUCAGCCUGCCUGGGUGUGUCCUCACAUCCUCUAGUUGCUAGCCACAGGUAGCUGAUGCUGGGUUGUUUGUUUAAUUGAAAAUUUGAUUGUGAUAAUGAUAGAUCCACGUGCAAUUUUAAAUAAUACAGCGGGACCGGUGUCAUGGGGCAGUGGGUUAAGCCGCCACCUGUGAUGCCGGCAUCCUAUAUGAGCACCAGCGAGGCACGAUUGCUCCGCUUCAAUCCAGCUCCUUGCUAAUGCACCUGAGAAGGCAGCAGAGAUGGCCCAAGUACUUGGACCCCUGCCACCCACAAGGGAGGCCAGGAUGGAGUCUUGGGCUCCUGGCUUCAGCAUGGUCCAGCCUCAGCUAUUGAGGCCAUUUUGGGGGUGAACCAGCAGGUGGAAGAUACCUCUGUCACUCCCUCUCUGGCUAUACCUCUGCCUUUCAAAUAAAUAAAUCUAUAAUAAUAAUAAUACUGAGUGACCCCUCUUGCGGUUUGCCCAGUUUUCCAUAACAACCAGAAUGUUGACACUGACACUUGUUUAAGUCUUUUCCUUCAUCUGAAUGGUAUGAUCAUGAGGAAGAAAUGCAUAAAAGUACCCAGGACAUGUUACUGUUUUGUUACAUUUAUUGUCUGAUUGCCUUUUAUCAGGUGUCUAAUAAAUGCCAGGCUUUGUGCCGCUUUGAUGUAGCUGUUUAAUCAGUUCCCUAAUGAUAGGUAUUUUGAGACUUUACAGAUUUUGUUAGCACUAUGGAGGAAACCCUUAGCCAUUUUUAUUUGUGUGGGCAGUGAUUCUUUCACAAGACAAUUUCUAGAAGCAAAAUGCUGAUCAAAGACUGUGUAGACACUUAAAAUUUCAGUUCAGUUCUUUCCAGUGCUUUCCAGGUGUUACCAACUGAACAUCAGCGUAGCCAUUGUGUUUAUGCUCCUCUGCACCUCACAGUGACCCUGGAAAGACCAUUUCACAAAUGAAUCUACUCCUGAGUCACUUAGCCAUCAAGUAGCAGAGCCGUAUUCACACUGAAGUCUUAGGUUAAGCUGACAAGCUUCUCUCCCCUGAGCCGUUGUUGAACAGAGCCAGGGGCAUGCCGUUAGAGAGCCUUCGUAGUCAGACAGGCUCCCUGGUCAUGAGCGCAUGUUGGACACUGUUCGUUCAAUAAGUAUAUACUGAGCAGCUCAGCCUACCUCUACUGCAGGAGCUGGGAGGUAAAGCAGUAAAAACGACAGAGUCCUCUCCUUGUCUAGCACACAUUCUAGUGGGGAAAGACAAACAAUUUGUAAAGUUAGAAAUUUGUCAAGAGAGAACUGAAGCAGAACAUGAUGAUAGAAGGUUAUUGGGGGCCCUUGAGAGCCACCCAAGUAGCACAGUCUAGCCUGAGCAGUUCUGUAAUGCUUUAUUGGAGCAGGCUGUGUUGCCUGUGUAUAUUUUCCCUGUCUGCCAGUACUAAAGAUAACCACAAAUGGGGUGAGGUUGCUAGUCACUGUGAGCAAACUGCACCCAGCUAGAGUUAUUUCCCAUCCCAGGAGAAUUUCUGGCUAGCAUGUGGAGGAUUUCGGUAGGGCAUCCCGUAUGUGCAUGGGCUCAUUUUGGUCAGGAUGGAGAAGCAGAGCAUGGAUGGUUACCUGUAAGCAAGUUUCCAAAGAGCAUUUGAAGCACCUGGGUGCAGACCACCUUGGACUUUCUCCCUUCUGCCAUUGGGUACUGGAUUGUGAGUUAGUUACGUGCCCAUCUCCCCAGUAGCCUCUGCUCCUUUUAGGGUAGGAUUCUGUGUUACUUAUCUUUGACUCACUGGUGCCAGAACUGUGCCUAACAGACUUGUAGCAAUUGCUCAAUAAAACUCUUGGUGGGUGUUCUCAUA